GACGAUUAAAAGGCGACUGCCGCCGUUGUACCGCGUCGGAAUCCUUCCGCGGACGCCAUGUUGGUACCGGUGCUCCCCGGCGUUCCGCUCUUCCGCUCGUCAGUUGCAUCGCGAAUUAUGAAAACCUUGAUGGUUAUUUUCGUGGAGCUUCUUGACAAGGGAUUGGUUUACCUUACCGUGCGGCGCACGGAUACCUAUCACAGUUAUCAUUUUGUCGGGGAACGAAGCUUGAAGGCGGAGGGUUGUUGUCAUGGUUACAGAGCACACACUAGGGUACCGUUGAUAAGAGAAUCAGAGAGGGCAUGUGUGGCUACGAAGAUUAGUCGAGACAUUGCAUUAUCGCCGAAAACACACAAGGAUGAACUUUCGGCCGUUCACUGACUCCUCGCCACUCAUCAACCGGAUGUUUUUGUAAAUAUUAUAGAAGACCUCGUAUUAAAUGUGCAUUUAUAUGUAUAACUUAAAUAAUCCAAUUCAAUAAUUCUAAAAAUGCAUUGUGCUUUAAAUAACGCAAAGCAUGCAAGAUUUUUAAGAAAGAAACAUAGAUCGUAUACUAUGUUUCAUAUUACGUAACUGCAUGUAGGUAAUAAUGCAGAUUCGAUCUUCUGUAAUUCUGUAAUUAUAGAACGCAUACUAUCGUACCUUUUUUCCUAUUAAUAAUCAUUAGAAUUUCUAAUUUUAGUGAUAACAAUCAACGAAGUGUUAAUAUAUAUACGAAUCUUUUUCAAAACAAACUUACCUUUAAAUUUAAGUUAUAUUAAUUAUCAUCAUAAUUAAAU